AUGGACGCGAGUUUAAAGGCGACAAAGUAUGACGUCCUGCUCUUAGGGACUGGCAUGGUAGAAGCUAUUUUAGCAGGAGCAUUGGCUCGCGUUGGGAAGAAGGUGCUGCAUCUGGAUCAGAAUGAUUACUAUGGCAGCAACUACGCGUCGUUCCCGUUGGCCCAGUUCCUUCGAUGGACAAGGAACGAGGCUAUUGUUCCUCGCAGUUUUAGUGACGAGGAAGACUGUAGUCAACACGCUGGAAAAAAUGCGGACGAGACAGUGACCGAACUGGAAACGGGAAAACAACGAGUGCUGCCACUGAAGAGCUCAUUUGAGUGUCACUUGCUCGAGGAAGGUUUUGCGAACGAAGCUGUGAAGGAGGAGAUGUUACAGCAGUCCUCGUCUUUUAAUAUUGACGUGAACCCUCGGCUCAUGCUGUCAUCAGAGCAGCUCGUGGAAAUUCUGAUCACCUCAGGUGUAGGAAGGUACCUCGAGUUUGCAGCGAUCGAGCGCACGUAUGUGCACUUCCAGCCAUCAGCGUUGGGCGUUGAGCACCCGGAAAAAGGUGCUUACUUUGAUACAGUGUGGGAAGUUCCUUGCUCGAAGAAGGAUGUGUUCCAGAGCAAGCUGCUGGGCAUGGUGGAGAAACGGCAGUUGAUGAAGUUCUUGCAGUUCGUGGCUGACUACGGCGAGACGCACAUUUUACACGAAGAUGUAACGACGAAAAACGAGCGGACGUUGGCUCUUGGUCGGGCGCUGAAACGACCACAAAAUAAGGCGAGCCAGACCGAUGAAAAUGCAGAAAUUGCUGCGUACCUCGAUCGUCCAUUCCAGGAGCUACUUGAGAAGCACUUCAAGCUUUCGACGAAAUUGCAGCAGGUGGUCGUGUACUGUGUCGGACUAGCGAGCUUUCCAGCGGCGAAGAACCAGAUCUCAGCUCGUGAUGGACUUGCUGCAGUCUAUCGUUAUGUGGCGUCGAUAGGACGGUUUACAGGGACCGCUUUCUUGGUCCCAUUAUACGGCAUCAGCGAGCUUGCACAGAGCUUCUGUCGGCUAAGUGCUGUCUACGGUGGCCUUUAUGUUCUUUGCGCUUCCGUUGAUAAAUUUGUGUUGGACACUGAGAAGAGAGAGGUCAGUGGCGUACAUUGCAGCGAUGGCGGUGUAUUGCGGGCGAAGCAUAUCGUGACUAGCGGUAGCUACGCUGACUGUCUUCGCCUCACAGAUGAUGAAGAGAAGACAGAACGCGUACACGGUCGGAUAUUACGCGGUGUGUUUGCUCUAAAAGCUUCCUUGCGCGAAGGUAUGGCCCGCAUCAUGAUUGUCAUUCCGCCAGAAGAUGCCGAAUUCAAGAACCCGUUUGCCAUUCAAGUUGUGCAGCUUGAUGUCGGAUCAUAUGCGUGUCCGAGGGGCUACUUUCUUGUGCAUGUCUCGAUGCCGUUGCCAGCUGAUUGGUUUGACCAGACUGUGAAACAGCGAGAGCUCUUGCAAUCCGUGAUCCGACGACUUAUUUUGAGUUCGGAGACAGACUUGCAGCAGAAGCAUGGUAAGCAGACCAAUGCUGACGCCAAAGCAACUUCACAUGAGGUCCCCGCGAACACUCUAGAGAGGAGGACGGCAUCUGAUGCAGAAGAAGUUGAAGCGCCAGAUAUCACGACAAAUCCACCGUCGAAGUCAGCUUGGAGCGACCGAAUUGCUUGGCGGGCUAUGUUCUCGACGGACCACCUUGUUUCCGGUGGCACUUGUGACAUCAGUGCGAGCACGAAACGUCGAGAUCUGCCGACAAACGUGUGGGUGUGCGAAACGUGUAUGUCCGAAUCAGAUGAUAAAUUAGAUCCCGUCAAUCUACUGAAUGCACCUGGCAAUGGUGCUAGUCCUUUGGAGAUCCACCUGGAAAGUGUGACUGCCAACGCUCGUGCGAUUUUCGAGGCCCUGUGUCCUGGCGAGCCUUUUCUGCCCAAGAGCGCAAGUGCCGAGCAAGCAGAGCAAGAGGAGCAAGAUAGUGAAGAUGACGCCGUGCUGCGAGCUGCCCAGAAAUUGGCGCAGCAAACAAAGCUCAAUGACGAACCAUUUUCAAAAUGUGUUGCAGAUGCUUUGGAGAGUGAGGGUAACGCGAAUCAGGAAUGA